AUGCCGAAAAUGAAUAUCAUUAUGAAGGACUUCUGCGUUCAAUUGAUGAAUCUACCCGAUGAAAUACUUCUGAUGAUUUUUAAGAAAGCGAAUCGUGUUGAAAUACUCAAUUCUAUGGUUGGUAUAAAUAAGCGAAUCGAUAAAAUCCUUUGUGAUCCAACCAUUACUGGUCGUUUAACACUGAUGAGAAAUUCAGCAAAUGGCCACAUUCAUCCAUUGGACAAUGUUAUUCUCGAUCGAUUUUGUUCUCAAACGUUGCCUCAGAUUCAUCAUCAUAUCCAAUGGCUAAAUCUCGAGUCAUUAACUAUGGAACGUAUUCUCGGUGCUGCUGAGUAUCCAAAUUUAUGCAGACUUGGUCUUCAUCGAAUCGACUAUAAGACAAUGCAACGUCUCUUCAACGAUAAUACUGAUUUCGUUCGUAAGUUCAAAAAUAAGAUUUCAAAACUUGUCAUGUCCAUUUAUUGCGAUGACGAUGAUAGAUUACAAGAAAUGAUGAUAAUUCUAUUUACUCGCGUGUUGACUGUAUUCAAACAUUUGAUUUAUUUAAAUUUGCAUGGUUCUCUCUUGUUCUAUCUUGACGCAUUCAGCAGUCGUUCUGCACUUGUGAAUUUUUCUUCUUCAACUUUAUUGGAAUUACACGUUCAAGUAGCUAAUUUUAGCGAUUGUCUAUUUCUACUCGAUGGCCGUUUCAAUCGACUUCGUUCAUUUCAUGUCAAAAUUAGUGUCAUCAUGAAUCAACAGUUAACAAUCGAUAAUAAAAAAGAAUUGCCAAACUUGAAGCACUUCUCAAUGAUUUCAACUUAUGGAACAAACAGUUAUUAUGCAUACAUCCUACCGCUUUUAUAUAGAAUGUCUAAACUUGAAACAUUAACUUUGGACCUCUUGCUCGAUAUGGAAACAGCAUUUAUUGAUGGCAAUCGUUUAAAAACGGACAUUAUUAAUCGAUUUCCAUUAUUGAAGAAAUUCCUUUUUUACAUUUACUCUUUAUUACUAAUUGACAAUCCAAGUAGUCUACCAUCAAAUGAAGAUAUUAUGCGUACAUUCGUAGAUUUCAACGAUUAUGAAAUAACCUCUCGUGUUGAUUAUUUUUCAAUGAACAAGAAAAGUCAGUGUCUUAUUUAUACGAAUCCGUAUAGAAAGACACAUUAUUAUCGUAUAACAAACAAUUUUUCCGGUGGAUUAUUCAAAUACGUUGAAAAAAUAUCAUUAUUUGAUGAACGUCCGUUCGAACACGAAUUUUUCAUUCGACUUGCAAAAUCGUUUCCACUAUUAAGAAGACUGGAGUUAUCGAAUAUGACACCGCAAAAUAAUAAAAAAAGUCAAGAAGCAAAUAAUGAUAAUCGACGUUUCGAAACUAUUGAAUAUCCUCAUAUGACUGAGCUAUCUCUGGUUAGUAUACAUGAUGAUUAUCUCGAACAAUUUUUAGAUCAUACCAAAACAUGUCUAGCGAAUAAUAUUAAACUUUAUAUCUUCUAUGAAAAUCUACAAACAGGAACACGUAAUUUUACAAACGAUGCAACUCGAAUCAAUUGUGGCAGAUUGGAAUAUCUCUAUCUUUUUAAUGUACGGAAUUAUUCGAAACCUUGUAGUGCGUAUUUUCCUAAUUUAAAAGCUGUUUAUUACUAA